AUGGCGAACCCUAAUGCCAAAUUGCUCCGCGCAGUCCUCAACCACGUAAUCCUUCCACCUGAUCUACCUGACAAAAUCGACAACAAUCUUGAUGAGAUCAAUCGGGAUCUCUUGCUGCGCAUCCAGGAUGCCUGCACAGAACUGGAAGCAGCCACCAAAGGCAAAUACGGACAAGAGCUGGGCCUCCUCCAGAGUUCCCUGGAUCACUGUCUCAGCAUCCACGCCUCCGUAUACCUUGACACCCUGCAACUCCAACGAGCAUUCCGCAGACUGAAGGCCGGAGAAAUUCUUAUCAUCCAUGUUAGCGAGCAGAACGCAGGAUUGUUGAUAAGACAUGGUACCAGUGUCUUGAAAGGCCAUGUCGUCUUUGAAGCCUUCGAGGUCUCUGCAAAGUCGGAAAAGGUCCUCCAAUCCCUAAGCGCCUUGCAAUGGGACUUUCCCACCUCCGCGGCAGCUAUUCCAGACAAUGUCUUUGGCGACGAAAGCUUCCAGCAAAACCUUGCCGAAUUCCUGCAGAAAGCGAGCUUGGAAAGAGUUCAUAAGUUUGGGGCGAUCAUUUACAAAGCUAACUCUCCAGCCCUCGAGACACGGGAUACAAACGAUCCUGCUUUGGUUACGGGGAUGUUGACCACGUUACUGGAGGGAAUCGGCAAGCUGGCUCAUACCUCUCCCAUUCGAAAACGCGUCCGAGACGAAGUUCGUCGGAAAGAGUCGGGCAUGCCCUGGAGAAGAUCGCCCUUCUGGCUGCUCCUGCGCGUUGGCAUCUUGCGUCUUCUGGAGCAAGUGACAUGCCAGCCUGUGUCAAACGCCCUAUACAAAGCCCUGAUGUGUGUACUCCAUGCCCAACUGCUGAAUCAGGCGGUUGGCUCUCAAACUCCGGAAGUCAGCCAUCUCCUGCUCAGAAAGCUUGGUCGAAGGAUCGCAAAAUUGGAAAAAGAUGGGGUUCUUGCGCCAACUUCAGACACCAGAAUCUCAGAAGCAUACAACACCCUUUUGGAUAAUCUUCGUCCUUUCUUUAUCAAGGUGACAACCCUUGCAAAGAACCAACUCCAAAUUGUCUGGGACGAUCACAAGACCAAGAUUAAGCGUUGGGUCACCCAACUUAAGACGAGGCAGGCCAGACCGGAGCACAUGAAGCUCAGUUUGACAAAUAGCGCUCCUUAUCUUGAGCAACUACGUCAGCUCCCACCACUCCGGUCCUCAGCUGGAGGUGCCUAUACUAUGCCGCCCACCUUGCUGCAUUUCCUCAGAAAGUACUCGGAUCUCGCAGAGAUAGAAGCACAGAUUUUGACGCAAAAUGGGCCAAUCAUCCAGGCCAGUCAUAAGACGUGGGCAGACAUAAGCAUACAGCUUGCAAAACAGGUCGAAAGUUAUCUCGGCAAAUCGAUCGAUUCAUUUGAAGUCGGCACGGAAGAUCGAAGCCGUAUGAUCCUGACGACAAUGUGGUUAUGGGUUCUGAUGGACAACUUGUUAUGUCGCUUCAUGCCCGAGUUCUCAAAGUCCAACCCAGUCUUCACCCCACAAAUUCUUGACUGUUUGCGGCUUUCCUCGUACUCCGAUCUGUGUCGGCUCCAGCAAAUUCAGACCUACCUUGCUCAGCGUCAUUCGAGCGACUCAGAUACCGUCUCCUCCCGGACCAUAUUAGACCCCCCUGUCUCGGGCUGUUUUGCUGAUCGCUUCUACGACAAUCUGCCACCAGAUUCUGAAAUGCACCGACUGAAUCGAAGCAUAGAGCGGACAGAGGAAACGCGAAAGCAGAACAAGGAAACAGAAUGGGCAGAGAAAGACGCAAGACAUCAGCAACUGCUAAGAGAGAUUUCUACCGCGGUUUGCCAAUUUACAUUUGUUGGCGACCUCCUGAUCCCAGAGCAUGAUGAGAACAAGUGUAAGAAAUGCAUUUUGACGAGGACUGCCGAAAAGAUUCGCAUCGAGAGGAUCGAAAAGGCAAUGCCUCCAAACCGCGGCGAGGGAAGAGCUGUACUUUUCGAACUGCUAUGCCCAACUGCCUUCGCUGCUUACCGCGAGGCCACAUGGUCUAUUGUUGCCAGACUGGCUUUGACAAAUGUGGAAGAAACAAAGAGCGAACCACUCACGAUGGUGGAAGGUUAUUACUCAGAGUUUUACAAGGGACGGCGGUCACACCCUAGCAAGCAAGGACUUACUCUGGCCUCCCGAACCAAAUCGUUCUUGCAAACCCACUAUCGAUUCGCUCACUUCCCUAUUCCAUGUGCAAGAGUUGCCGUCAACAAUGGUCUGAGCUUUGAAUAUUACGACCGCACACGCAAAGUGUGGCUUUCCGAACAUUUACCUCGAGUGACGUUCAGCCAUCACUGCAUGAUUGCUCUCCCUCGGCAAAGUCCGUUUGCCAGAAUCGCCAUUCCACAGCCCGGAGCUAUUGCAAAAUACCUGAAUGCUGAUGCCAAUAUCACAUCUAAUGAAAUUCUCGCUGCCCUCCCUCGGUGCCCGCAGACUCUUGGAGUUCCAGAAUUUCUGGCUUUCCAAGGACUGAUAUGUGGUAGUCGCCGUUUAUGGCAGGCGAUCCUCGUUGAGCUAGGCUCGUCGAAUCUCAACUUCAGCUCUGAGCCAGUUAUGAUGUUGGCUCAGGCGCUGAUAUGCCGAACCGGUUCUUCGCAAGGAGACACGUUCCAUGUUGCAAACGUUGUCUUCCGCGAUGCCAGCUUUUGCAGAGCUCUCUUAAGCCAGAUCGAACGGCGCUUGCUGAGCAUCAGUUCAAAUCCGAGAGAAAAUUUCUGCAUGGAAACCUUGAUCAGCUUGAUCCUCAAACUCCUUUCUCUUGGAGACAAACAUAUCUGCGAAAAGGCUUCAGAACUGCUCGAAGCAGGCAGGAACAUCACUAUCCAGUGGAUCAGAAUGCUCCGCCAGGAGUUCAAAGACAACACCAACGACAUCGCUUCCAGUCGAAUUCCUGUCUUCAUUCUUUGGGCUGCUUUGUUAUGCAGAAGGACCUUCACCAUGUUCUCUCGAGGGCCGCAGGGUAGCCAGACAAGCUUUCCAACAUCCCGCAUGAUAGAUGUGGAAUGCAUGCAAAACACUGACACGCCACCUAUUUCUUCAUCAGCACUGACCGCCUUCCUGGAAGCCUCCAUUGCGUUGCACGAGAAUCAACCCGUGGAGCCAGAGAAACUUCGACCAGUACUUCGCAGCAUAUUGAUUCGCGACAUCAAAAUGGUUUUUCGCCUUCAGAGCUGUCUGGAACAGUCGCUCGAGAAGUUUCCCCACUCAUUGGUCAUCGCCGGAGUGCAAGCAUCUGUGAUGAGCGGUGAAGCUGUGUCCAGCCGAUUGACAUCGUUCAGUUUUGUAGAGGAUUCUGACGGGAAGUGGGCAUGCUUGAAGCUGUCAGGCAAUCGACACUUGGAACCCCAAGUCGUUCAGUUCCACCUUGUGGCGGGAACGAUACUGCUGAAUGGCAGGGCCAUCGAAAAGGAGCUUCCGCACGAGAUUCGCCAUUCCGCGGGAAUGGCUCGACUAUUCCAGCAUCAGAAACUGGUUGUCUCGCCGUCUGCUUUCCCUGGGAUGACUUACAAAGUCGCUUAUGAUGUUGACGGCCACGAGGUUCACCUUGGAUUCCGGCGGGGUGUCCUCGUUGUCCGUGCAUGGACAAAAGGUACACUACUAGAAUACAUACCCGACUCCAUCUUCACGACGGACGCUUUCUCUGAUAUCCCCGCAUCACUGAUUGAGAAUUGUGUCCAUUGGCUUAACUUGGAAGAAAAUGUGAUCGAGGUCAGAAAGGAGCCACGGAUAUGGAGAUGCAUGCCCUCAAACUGGAUUAUCGAUCUCCGUACCUUGAUGGCCAAGCGCAGAGGCUCUAUAUUGCUUGACCCAGGCAGUAAUCUUGUUAAUCACUUUGCGAACAUGUUCAAGGGAUUCGAGGACCCGCGACAUAUCACAGUGUUCCAGCCAUUGCGGGGUGCCAUCACGGUCGAACUUCGCCGCUUCGAGCUCAGUUUCUUUGUGAAUCCCAACGGUUUCCUAGAAUGUCAGCAAUUCCGGGCAGAGAUCGACCCGAAUCAGGACGCAGGAACGUGGUAUGGACUUACAUCGAAAAUCGUCCUCCGCGAUGUGGAAAACCCAAGGCGCAGAAGUGUCAUCGUGCCGCUGGGGCCUCUCACAGCGCAGCGGAGGGGGAUCCAUGUCAAUGUUGAGAUCCGAAGCAGUGAUCGUGUAUAUGCCCGUUACUUCUUGGAUGAGGUACUGGGAAGGGUGACCUGUGCGUCGGAACCUCGACUGUUUUACACAAAAGCACUUUUGCACGCGUACACCUCCUUCUGUCUACCAGACCCAUUGACAGGAAAGACGGGAACCGAGGAGGCGUGCCAUGUUCUGCAAUCUGGCAGUUCUCAACCGUAUGGAGUACUCAGUAGUGCCAAUAGAAUGAUCCUUGAUGCCAUUGCGGGGUUGGCCCCUGUGCGCCAAUUCUACCCUCCAGACCUCCGGGUUUUGGAACAGGUGUUGUGGAAUGAAAAUCUCACCUAUGGGAUACAGCAUGAUCAAUAUCUUCUACUUGUCGCCGAGAUCAACAAGAAAUCCGCACUGCUUUCUAAAUUUGACCUGGAUAUCGAUGUUACCCCUGAUAGCCAGGACUUGUCAAGAGCAAUGGAUAACCUGAGCACAGAAGAAUCCAAUUCUCAUCUUUUCCAAAGAAGUCAAGCUCGUCAAGGUCUCUAUCAACCAUCUCAUACAGCGGCGGCCAGUUCUGAACGUGCGUCAGACCUGUCCUACGAUCCGCGUGGGUAUCACAACUACCGACAAAGCCAAGAGCAUGUUUUCCAGGCUGCUCGCUUGAUUUAUACAUGGCCCGCAAAGAUACCCUCUCCAACACUUUUGUCGUUGAUGUUUCAGAACUGGCCGUCUAUCGGUGGUUACGGCGACGAUUCUGUUAAAUUUGAACCGGUGCGGUUGACGGACUGGCUUGAUGUUGAUCUGGCCUCCUCAUGGGGCCAGCUGGUCAACUUUUACCGUAUGGAAGGCCGCCCUGAAACGAAGUACAAACUCAUGUUCCAGACGGCAUUGGUGUCUUUCAGAGAAGAAAUCAACAUGAGGGCUGUUCAGACCCUCAUGGCCUUCGCAAUCCUUGGUGAUCUCAAGAGUGUUGAUCUGCCGUCAUGGCCUUUGUACACACAAUUCCGUCCAGGAUUCCGUCCAAAAAUUGACUAUUUGAGACAAUUGCUUGGCCCCUGCUCCCGACCGUUCUCAGCGGCACAGGAGCGAUCUCACACUCAGAAAGAGAGGAAAGCCGUGGACGCUACACGCAGACAACACGAAGCUAGAGUAGUGAAACAGCUGGAUGCUCUCGCAGAAUUCAUAUGCGACCAGUGGCCAUGUCCUCAGCCAACCUUUGCGGGAUUCAGUACCGAUACAUUGGACUUGACCACGGCUUCGGCAUUAAUUACGGUGGAAUGGAACGCUAUGUUUCGGAACCAUGAAUUUGAAGAGCAUAUACAGCAAGUUCAGGAUAUCUUGGAUAAACAUCGCUCGCCCCUUCUCGCAAGAGGAGAGAGCCUGUUCAAGAACUGCCCAUCACCAUCUUUACCGCGUGAAUUCCCCCUGAUAUGCUCGCAUUUGUUGAAAAAGCAGGGGCCGAGGAUGCCCUUUCAGCAAGUACUAGCACAGAAUCCAGCCUCUUAUGGCGCGAGAUCAGCCGUCAGUCAUACCGAUCCGGACAUCCAUCAAUUGAGGCAGAUCGUUCAUCAAAUGCCUACUUCGAGAUCCUUUGUUAGGCAGGAAUACCUUCGUGGUCUUCUCGAUUCGAUAUCAGCCCUUGAGGGCUACCGAGCACGACCUGUUGAAGUAAUGCCAAGUUGUGACAUGAGGCAGUUGGAUCGAUUCAUUGCUGAUGCAGAAAACUCUGUGAGUUCGCAGUUCGCCAUGUUGAUGCAGGCUUUCCAGAAAGACGAGCCAGGUGCGCUAUGGCUACAAGCAGUUGGACUUUGGCCAUUGACAACUUAUGUCUCCGUCCUAGAGACUCUACGCAGCACAAGUUCCGUACCGCUGACGGUAUCAAUGCGGGCUGCAGUCGUCGACUUCGGUGUUGCCAUCACUCGGUUGCAGCGUUUUCUUCGCAUACAAGAUGCAUCUCGUCGCAACAAGGUCCAACUUCUGCAGGACGAACUGAAAAACCCGGGUCAUACAAAUUGGGAUCCAAAUGAGUAUCCCGACUGGGUGCUUCUGGAGAUUGACACAAACAUUCUCAUCCGACCCAUCCAGGUAGAGGUCGCAUUGGCAACCAUAUCGCCGGCAUCUGGAUCAAAUUCUGUCCUGCAGCUGAACAUGGGCCAAGGUAAGACGUCCACAAUUAUUCCUCUUGUGGCGUCCGUCUUAGCAAAUGGCCAGUCACUGUGCAGAGUUGUCGUUCCCAAAGCCUUGCUAUUGCAGACUGCUCAACUAUUACAAUUACGACUGGGUGGGCUCUUGGGGAGAGAACUACGGUACGUGCCGUUCAGCCGUCGCACUCCGUCGAGUCCUGAAAAUAUUCAGGCGUAUUGGGAAAUUCACAGAACUAUUCUGAAGAAAUCCGGAGUGAUUAUAGCACUCCCAGAGCAUAUCAUGUCCUUCAUGCUCUCCGGCCAACAGCGACUGCUAGAUGAGAAAACCGUGGAAGCCACCCAAAUGAUCAAUGUACAGAAGUGGCUUACUAGAAAAAGCCGAGACGUGUUCGAUGAAAGUGAUUUUACAAUGGCAGUCAAGACGCAACUUAUCUAUCCGUCGGGUCCUCAGAUUACCGUGGAUGGCGGCAACUAUCGCUGGGAGAGCAUAGAGGCUGUUCUCAAAAUGGCGGAAUCACACCUGUAUGCUCUGGAGCGGACCCAUGCAUCUAGCAUUCAAGUCGUUCGUCGCGCAACCGGGGGAUUCCCGUUCGUCUACUUUCUCCGCACUGACGUUCAAACCGUUCUGAUACAGCGGAUAGCGACGGAUAUCUGCAGCGGACGGACGUCACUGCUGAACGUGGAGAACUUCUCUGUGUCCGAUAUAAAGGCUAUCAAGGAGUUCAUCACCGAGGCAAAACCUCAUAAGAAUGUGAUGGGCUGCAUUUCAGGCAUUCACAGUAGCAGCCAGGCCGAUGGUUAUAUCAUAUAUCUUCUGCGAGGGCUCCUGGUUCAUCGGAUACUCAUUCUCACGCUGAGUAGGCGAUGGAACGUCCAGUAUGGUCUCCACCCCCUUCGAGACCCCGUGGCGGUGCCAUACCUGGCGAAGGGCAUCCCGUCACAUCUUGCGGAAUGGGGCCACAUUGAUGUAUCGUUACUCUUCACUUGUCUCUCGUUCUACUAUCAAGGACUAUCGCCGGAGCAACUGAAACAGAGCCUUGAGGAGAUCCUCAAAUCGGACGAUCCAGCGCGAGAAUAUGAGCAGUGGACCCAAAACUCGACCGGACUCUCCGAUCGCCUUCGGGAUUGGACGUCCAUAAACCUAGAAGAUAGCCUCCAGCUGAACGAGAUUUGGUGUGGUGUCCGCCACAAUAUCAGAGCAAUCGACCACUUCCUUAACAACUUCGUGUUUCCGAAGCACGCAAAGCAGUUCAAGGUCAAGCUACAAGCCAGUGGAUGGGACCUUCCUUUGGCUGGCAGCGGAACCAGCCUCACCACAGGCUUCAGUGGCACCAACGACAACCGCUUGUGUUUGCCGCUUACCAUCAAACAGGACGAUUUGAAGGGACUGGCGCACACUAAUGCCGAGGUGUUGACUUAUCUGUUACAAGACCGGAAUCUGGCAUACAGCCUUGCAGGUUGGAGAGAUCCCUCUCAGGGACGCGCGGUCUACCGAAGACUAACGGAGCCCGACCUUCUACGCAAACUUAGCCACAAGAAAAUCCGGAUUUUGAUCGACUCUGGUGCGAUAAUCCUGGAGAUGACCAAUGCAACCCUGGCAAAGAUAUGGCUUGACAUUGACAUAGAGGCAACAGCUGCCGUGUUCUUUGACGACGAUAACAAAGCCACUGUCUUGUAUCGAAGCGGGCGGAAGAUUCCCUUCCUGGCAUCACCUUUCGCCGAUGACUUGAGCGGCUGUCUGGUGUACCUGGAUGAAUCUCACACUCGAGGCACCGACAUGAAGUUCCCGCCCCAUGCUCGUGGCGCAGUGACACUCAGUCUCGGCCAAACCAAGGACCACACCGUUCAAGCCGUCAUGCGUCUCAGGCAAUUGGCAACUACCCAGUCUGUCACAUUUUUCGCACCGCCCGAGGUCCACCAAUCGAUUCUGGAUUUCCGCGGCAGGGGAGAACACUGGCAUCUCACCUCUCGUGACGUGGUGUGCUGGCUUCUUGAACAGACUUGUCAGGGUCUUGAAAACCUCCAACCACUCUAUUAUGCUCAAGGCGUCAACUACUGCCGGCGAACUCAGGCGGAGCGUGAUAACCCCCUAUUUUUGACAAAUCCAGCUGAGCGUCUUGCUUAUUUGAAUGCUCUUCGAAGCUACGAACAACAUUCUUUGCAAGCUCUCUACGAGCCACGUUUGGGGAAGUCAAGAAGACGUGUUCGGGAUGAAAAGUUCGACGACAGCCUUGCCAAGCACAUCAAGCAGCUCGAACGACGACGGAAGGCUUUUCAGGAUACUGGGAAUGCGGUUCACGCCUCAGCGUUGCAGGAGGUGGAGCAGGAGCGCGAGGUCGCCGUGGAAGUCGAGACGGUUCGCGAAAGACAAAACCCGUUAUAUUUCCACCCUCAGACCUUUUCUGGACUCGCUGAAGAGAUCAGACAUUUUGUUCUGACCGGAACUUUAAGGCCCGAUCACAAGGUCUGCGAAAGAGCGUUCUCGUACAUGGCUCGCACCGAGACAAGUCUGAAGUAUCCUGCAAGUCUCCCAUCCACCCCACAACUGCUUGUCUCUGCGGAAUUCCGACGUGCGGUCAUAGUGCCUUCUGGCAGACCUAACGAUGACUUUUUGCGUCCUGUCCAAUAUGUUCUCUGGAGCAUGGCUACGGAGGUCGCCAUCCUAGUUAGCCCCGAGGAGGCAGAAAUCUUAACUGAUCUAUGCCAAAGUGCCCCGAAGAAGAUGGUACAUCUGCUGACUUACGCGGCGCCCGUCACGCAGAAGAUGCUUCAAUUCAACGACUUGAAUUACUAUGCCGUGCCACCGCUCCCACUGGACUGGUCGGCACCGUCGUGGCUGAAGAUCCAGAUUGGCAUCUUUGCCGGUCGUCUUUAUUUCCCGUUCGAAGAGCUCGAGCAAAUCCAGGCAUUCUUGGGAUUAGAAGAUAGUCGACUGAUGCGGUCUCACAAUAGGUCGAUCUCGGAAAUAGAAGAGCUGCGGAUUGAUGACACAGGGAGCUCCGAUGACAGUCAGCCACUUGCGGGUCAGCAACAGCAGACUGAGAAGGACACGGCAGAGGCCAAGCAGGCACAGGCGGCAAAGAGAGAAGCUACAAAAAUGCUGAUCUUCCUGCACGCGUGGCUUGGUACCAGAAGCCGAGGUCAGGACUUUACUUACACGCCUAUGGGAUACAUUUGUGCGCGCAAACUGUUGACGCAGGAUCAUCCCUUCUUCCGGACCGUCGCAGACGACGUGGCGAGGACCAAAGUCACACAUGCCACGGCCGAAGACACCUCGGGAAGCCCGGUUGCCGCACUCGAUGAGGAACAGGACAAUGCAUCCGAUUUGGAGGAUGAGGAGUUGGACGAGCGCCAGAAGCUGACGGAAGAAGAGCUGCGACAAGCGGAGGAGAUGGACUCAAGAGAAGAGGAGAUCACCGCCGAGGAUAUUGAAGGCGGUAAUAGGGAAGAAGCUGAGGAUGGAGGUUCAGAACUGAUGUUCGGUGAAUGA